AUGCUAGCCACCGUCAGGCCGGACCUACGAAUCCACGUCUUGGAGUUGGCUGUCCGCCAUCGCCGCAGCCGCCGCCGCCGGCCGUCAUCCUACCCGCUGUGGCCGCUGUGGCUCUUGGCGCUUGUCUUUUCGAUUGGAUUUGACUACAGCGCGGUUUCUGCGCUUCGCGAUCUGGGUAUAUGGGCGCUUGCAGGCCUGUUCAAGAGGACGCCGGAACUAUCAUACACGCCGCCCGUCUAUACGCCUGGCUCGGUCUACAACGGGGUGAUACGACUAGGCGAGGAGGCGGAAGCAGCAAAAAUGGCCCCAUCUAGCAAGCCAUUCGAGUUCACGCGGCUGUGGAACCAGGUCUACGAGCUGGAUUGGCGAAUCCGGAACCUGCAUCUCGAGCUCGGGGAAUUGUGGGAGUGGGAAAUGCCGAACGCCACGGUGCAGGCACACCAGGAGGACCUGAAUGUGCUGGCAGUUGACUUCAUGAGAAGCGUGGGCGAGCCUAUGGGCUUCCUCGACCUCAGAAUAACGGGCUUUCUGGAGAGCUCGUCGCAGCGUAUCAACGACACGUGCAUCUGGGCGGCCGAGUCGCUCAAGAUGCCACCCGAUGACUUCGUUGCACUCUCGAAGCCCCGGCAGCCUGAGCCAGUCCUACCCCAAUGGCUGGCGCGCUGGCUUGUCCCCUCCGCCGUCGACUCCACCAUUGAGCGGGAACGGAUGUUAUGGGACAAAAUCUGCUUGUUGCAAGGGUACCUGCUACGCCUCGACCAAAGGCUACUCAGGGACAUCGAUGGGGUCCGGGAGAAGCUGGACGCCUACGAUCGUCGCCUCAACCCGCGCACCGCCUUUCUGCUUGAAGAGGUGAAAGCACGGUACAAGGAGAACGAUACCACGGUCGCCCAAAUAGCCGCCUACGACGAGCAGGUGAAGCAGUGGGCCGAGUCAACGAUGUCGACGUGGCGUAAUAGCUCGUGGGCGCUCCGCCGGUUCACUGGCUACCUGCUGGGCGGCAAGCACCCACCGUCGUGGCCGCACUGGGAACUGCAUCAGACAGCCGGUCAGCUCGACAGACUCGAAAGCAUGAGGGGCCGCCUCGACCUGAUCCGCGCCUAUUCCUCCUCGCUGCACCGCUUCGUCUCGAGUGCCGCUCUUCGGAUCCGCGCUCUCGAAGUUAACCGCGCCGAGCGGCAUCUCGACGAGUCGCCCUGGACCUGUAGCGCGCUGCCGCACAUCGCCUCCAGCCCUAGCAACCAUAGCAAGCCACACGCCGAGGCAUCCGCUUACGGGAUGCUUUUGUUUCUACAACGCACCGCUUGGGACUUCUCCGAGCAGAUGCGCCAAUGGGAUAGGGCCGAUUUCAAAGACAUCGGAGUGACGUCUUGUCGGUGA